CAUUGAAACGAUCGUAACGAUGCUUUCAGAGACAUCACAAACAAGAAGUUGGCUCAAGGCGAAGCUUCAAGCUAUUAAAAGAACCGGUUUACAGUUUUCUGAUGACAUUUUAAUAUCUAUACUGGUUUGUCUCAUGUCAAGAGACAAACACUUAAUUUUGACUUGCAAACAAGAACAUACGGAAGAGUUAAAAACUAUGAUUGAACAGAUCUUUCAUAAUGUUUUCGGCUUGACUUGUGCAACUGUCACUUGCGAUGCUUCGCAAACUCCUGCUGACUUUAUUGCAAAUCUUUUUAGCCGACCAAAAGACGAUAAUUCUCAUUCUUCAAAUAAUACUCAUAUUGGUAAUUCAAUUCAAAAUAGUGCUGAGGAUUCACUUAAUCGAUUAAAGCAACAAAAGUCUUACAGAUCAUUAAGGACAACAAGUUCGACAAAUUCAAAUGAGAAAAGGCCUUCGCAAGAAUUUAAAGGAAUGAAUCGACAUUCUAAUUUAUCUUAUAGUCCUAGUCAUCUAAACAACAAAGAUCCAUCUAUAGAUUCUAGUUUUAGUGAUGAAUCUCCAAUUUUUGCUGCUAAUAAUAUUGACGAUGAAAUAUCAAUAAAUGAAGCUGGUGAAUAUGGUUCACGAAAGAAAAACGAACGUUCUCGAACACUUGAUUAUCCUAAAGAAAUAAAUUUUAUUUCAUCUGCGGCACAGAAUUCUCAGGCACGUAAGAGAAAUACUUUUCUCACUUCAACAGCUUCUCAACCUAUUGACAUUCCAGAAAGGCCUUCUACUCCAUCUCGUCCAAGUCUUAGUAUAUAUACUGGUUCACCACGAAAAAAUACAUAUUCUUCAAAUUAUUCCCACCUAAACUCUUAUUCUCAAUCUCCUAAUUAUUCCCACUUAAACUCUUAUUCUCAAUCCCCUAAUACUCCAAUUGAUUUUUCAUCUUCCAAGAGAACGCAUGGGAGUAUAGGCACCGGUGGGUUUGAAUCUUAUUCUCCUCAUAACUCUGCUUCUCGAAAAUUGGCUCAGGCUGUGAUAAUUGAGAGUUUAUCUUAUGCGAAUGAAAUCAUAUUUGCUUUUUUAUUGGAGAUUCUGGCUAAUAAAGAAGUAAACGAUAAAUCAACCACUUUCUAUUUACCAAAACCAUUUCUUAUUGUAGCUUUAUUACCAGAAUCUUACCCAAGACAUAGUUUACCUAAUCAAUUGAUUGACAGAUUUUUCUUAAGCCAUAUGUACGAAGGAAUAAUAGGAUUUGGAAAGUCUCCAAUUGUUAGUCGACGGAAUCCAAUGAUUCGUGAAACGGAAAUCGAAAAAUUAUCAAAAGAUAUGGACAACGUUUCAGUUCAUAAUGAUAUGCAGCGAUAUAUGCGAGAUAUUGUUGUUGGACUACGUACACAUAGAGUUGUCAAUAGAGGAAUAACUGCUCGAGCUUCAACUGACUUGGUAACACUUGUAAAGGCAUUGGCUGCUGUGUUUCAACGUAACUAUGUUACACCAGAACUAGUGAUAUUUGCAAGUGAAAAAGUGUUUUCACAUCGAAUAAUAUUACGAGAACCAGGUGAUGAUAGAAGUACAAUGUAUGGGACAAGUUUGAAGACUUUGUUAAAAAAAAUGAGAACUAAUGCAACACCGGGAGAUGUUAUUGCGGACGUUCUACGAGCUGUUUAUCCUCCUGUGUGA